AUGCCGAACAAACCUCAUGCCCCGCGCGGGCCGAAGAAAUCUGUCCUGCCUGAAGAGGACACGAGUUUCAUCGUCUUCGAUGACGGCAAGGGCAAAAAGAAGAAGAGAGGCGGUAAUGCACCUGGCGCUGCUGCGGAGAGCAGCAAGACUGAUUCCAAAGGCAAAAGCAAAGCUGCUACCGAGGAACCUUCUGAUGCUCCCAAAAAGCCAGAUACUAGGACACUUAUUGCUGGAGCAUCAUGGACCGGCAAGCUCCCUGUAGCCCUACUUUCUGAGUACUUCCAGAAGCAAAAGUGGAACAAGCCAGACUACCGAAUGCGCAAUGACUCUGGUGUCUACUCUGCACAUGUGGUCAUAUCGAAGACAAAUCCCAAAACUCGGGAGACUACCACACUGCCCCCAAUCCAUAUACCACUGGAGCUCGCCAAGAAGGCCCGACAACCGUCUGCGGUGGAAGCUCGUAAUUUUGCUGCUGCCUAUACACUCUUUCGGGUCGCAAGCGCAAAGAACAUGCACAUGAUGCUACCGCCGACUUACAAAGAUCUCUGGAAAGGGGAGUUCAGCGACCUCAAGAAGCAGGAUGAGUCGACCGGCCAGGCUUGGAUGUACGAAGCUGAUCCGUUCUUUGGAUACGCGGAGCGUGAGAAGGCAAAGGAAGUUGCGGCAAAAGAACGUGAAAAGAAGGAAAGGGCUCGCGUUGAGGCGGCAAAGGCACAUAAUCAGACGCCAGGCAUGUCUACACCCAAUGCGCAAGGUGCUCCUCCUAGUCGAAACAUCUUGAAAGGUUGGGAGCGCGUGCCCAAGGUUGAGCUUGGCAAGAGGACAAGGAAACAAGCUGAGCAGCUCAUUCGACGAGAUGCGGUUUGGAAUCCAAAUGGGAUUGUCAUGGAUAAUAACACUCGCAAAAAGGUCGUGGAAGAAGUCACUAAUUUGGGGUUCCGUCAGAGCCAUGUGGAAGAGGCUGCGGAGAUAUGCAAGGACCGCGAAGAAGUCAUUGAAUGGCUGCUUAUUCACGUGCCUGAGGACGACCUUCCGUCUUGGAGUCUUCCGGAAGGCUACGUCGCUGGUAUCAGCAUGGCAAGCGCGAACCUAAAGCGCGAGGGUGCAAUAAAGCGCCUCGCGGCGGCCGGUUACGCGAUCGAACUUUGCGAAGAGGCGUACGAUAGCCAGGCUGGAGAUGAACGAAAAGCAGCGGCGCUUCUACAAACACAGCUGCUUCACCCUCUCGACAGUGACGUUACCCAAAAUCUUCAGCAACUCACAAUCGCGGAUGAUGCGGAAGAGGAAUCAAACAUGGAUUCAUGGGAGGAGGAGAUGGCAUCCCUGGAAGCGAUAUACGAUAAACUCUUCUCACAACCAUCUCCAACCAUGUGCCGAAUUGAGCUUGACAUUAAGCAACAAGGGAAGCGUUUGAUACUCCAAGUCCAUCGCCCAUUCGGGCCUUACCCUAUGGUAGUGCCAAUCAUUACGUUCGAGGCUGCUAUUCCCGCUUAUAUACGAUUGAGUAUCAUCCGAAAAGCCCUGCUCCACGCGGAAGAGAACUUCCUCGGCAUGCCGAUGGUAUAUGAUAUCGUCGACUGGCUUCAACAGAACGCAGGGGAGAUCUUCAAGAACCCAGGACGACUCACUGACGUCUCCGCCGGUUUGUCCGCAGACCAUCAAACCUCGAAUCCGCAGAGUCAUCCGAGGAGCAAAGGCAGGCCUCGGAGACCCAUCGAUUGGAAAUUAGCAUCUCCCCAAAGCCAAAAGCUACUGGCGGAGUGGGAGGCUAAGCAAGGCACACCUGCUCAACAAAAGAUGAUGGCUGCACGCCAGUCUUUACCCGCGUGGAAACUUCGCGAGCAGAUAGUCAAGGUCGUAAACAUGAGCCAGGUCACUAUCGUCUCUGGUGAAACAGGCUCUGGAAAAAGUACACAAUCUGUCCAAUUCAUCUUGGAUGAUCUUAUUCAGCGACAGCUUGGGGGCGUGGCGAACAUCAUCUGUACCCAACCGCGCAGAAUAUCCGCCCUUGGUCUUGCGGAUCGUGUGGCAGACGAGCGAUGCUCACAAGUCGGCGGUGAGAUCGGAUACACUAUUCGUGGAGAAUCAAAACAGAAGCCGGGUGAAACCAAAAUCACUUUCGUUACUACCGGUGUUCUCCUAAGGCGAUUGCAGACCUCGGGCGGUAGUUCGGAUGACGUUGUGGCCGCACUCGCCGAUGUCAGCCAUGUUGUCGUUGAUGAGGUUCACGAGCGCAGUCUGGAUACCGACUUCCUCCUUGUCUUGCUUCGCGAUAUCCUAAGGCGGCGCAAAGAUCUUAAGGUUAUAUUGAUGAGUGCUACGCUCGACGCGGACGUUUUCGAGCGAUAUUUCCAUGACGUGGGUCCGGUAGGGCGUGUGGAAAUCCAAGGCCGCACAUACCCCGUGCAAGAUUGGUACAUGGACGACAUCGUGCAUGCUACAGGCUUUUCCGGUGCAGCUGCCGGCUUCGAAGAAGAUUCUGGAGGCAAACAACUUUCCGGCAAUCUCAUGAGUGUUGGAUUUGGCAUCAAUUACGACCUCAUUGCGGAAACGGUCCACUACAUUGAUCAGCAGCUCGGCGAAAAAGACGGUGGUAUCUUGAUCUUCUUGCCCGGAACCAUGGAAAUCGAUCGAACACUUCAAGCACUUAGGAACUUCUCCCACUUCCACGCACUCCCUCUGCAUGCUUCUCUCUUGCCAAUAGAACAAAAGCGUGUGUUCCCUCUGGCACCUCCAGGAAAACGCAAAGUCAUAGCUGCUACCAACGUCGCAGAAACUUCGAUCACUAUCGAGGAUAUCGUUGCUGUCAUUGAUACUGGCCGUGUCAAGGAAACUAGCUUCGACCCUCAGAACAACAUGGUUCGACUCGCCGAAACAUGGGCCUCAAGAGCAGCUUGCAAGCAACGACGUGGUCGCGCUGGCCGUGUCCGCGCUGGAGAGUGCUACAAGCUCUAUACGCGCAAUGCUGAAGCCAAAAUGAUGGAGCGGCCCGAGCCCGAGAUCAGACGCGUGCCGUUAGAGCAGCUUUGCUUGUCAAUCAAGGCUAUGGGUGUACAAGACGUUUCUGGCUUCCUUGCAUCAGCACUUACGCCUCCUGAAAGCACAGCAGUCGAAGGUGCCGUCAGGCUGCUGGGUCAGAUGGGUGCCAUCACAGACAACGAACUAACCGCACUGGGCCGGCAUAUGUCCAUGAUCCCCGCGGACCUGCGCUGUGGCAAGUUGCUCGUUUACGGUGCGACAUUUGGCUGUCUUGAAGCUGCUCUUACCAUUGCUUCGGUUUUGACUGCAAGGAGCCCAUUCCUUUCGCCCCGACAGCGAGACGAAGAGACACGGAGUGAGUUCGAGCGGAUUCGCUCUUCUUUCUCCAACAAUCAAGGCGACCUGCUCAUCGAUGUACGGGCCUACGAGCAGUGGUCCGCCCUCCGCAGCAAAGGAGCGUCAGCACGCGAUCUUCGCGCGUGGUGCAGUGCCAAUAGCCUUUCAUCGCAAACUCUCUUCGACAUCGCGUCAAACCGCUCGCAAUACCUCUCCUCGCUCAAGGAAAUCUCGUUCAUUCCAACGACCUACAACUCUGCCAACCCACAGACUCACGGCUCGUACAACAAACAGAAUCACAACGACGCACUCAUCCGCGCCCUCAUCGCUGGCUCUUUCAACCCCCAAAUCGCCCGCAUCCAACUUCCCGAGAAGAAGUUCGCAGCCGGUAUAGCAGGUGCCGUCGAGCUUGACCCGUCGUCCCGCGAAAUCAAGUACUUCAACCAAGAGAAUGGGCGCAUCUUCGUGCAUCCCUCCUCGUCGCUUUUCUCAGCCCAAACGUUCCCAUCGAAUGCCUCAUUCAUCGCGUACUUCAACAAGAUGGCCACGAGCAAGAUCUUCAUACGAGAGCUCACGCCAUUGAAUGCAUACAGCCUGCUGAUGUUUGCGGGUGAUAUCAGGGUGGACACAUUGGGUCGGGGAUUGGUGGUAGACGAUUGGAUUAGGUUGAGAGGAUGGGCGAGGAUCGGGGUGUUGGUCAGUCGUUUGAGGGGCAUGUUGGAUAGGGUGCUUGAAAGCAAAGUGAGGGAGCCUGGACGGGAGCUUGGGAAGAGAGAUGGUGAUGUCAUUGAUGUUGUUAGAGGGUUGGUGGAGAGAGAUGGGUUGGAUAACUAG